GCCGUCCGCUCCAUCCGCUGCACUUCAAAUGGCUGCCCAGGCUACCUUCAAGUCCAUCAAGGCCCUCGUGCCUCUCUUCGACCGUGUUCUCGUCCAAAAGUUCAAGCCCGAUACGAAAACCGCUAGCGGCAUCUUCCUGCCUACGUCUGCCACCAGCACCCCUCUCCCUGAGGCGACCGUCAUCGCCGUCGGCCCCGGCGCGCCCAACAAGGACGGUAAGCUCAUCCCGACGACCGUGAAGGCGGGCGACCGUGUGCUGCUGCCGGGUUGGGGAGGCAACUCAAUAAAAGUUGGCGAGGAGGAGUACUACCUUUACAAGGACUCCGAGAUCCUGGCCAAGAUCGAGGAAUGAGCGACUCGUUUGACGGCUUGCAGCGUCACAUCGGCUGGCAUAAGACUGCGGUUUAACCACGGGACAAAAGUUCACUAUAUCACCCUGCAUUUUACAUUUGUGCUAAUAUCAUCUGCUGUCGCGCCUGGCUUGCAAUUGUUAAACUCUCCAAUGCAAUGAACAACCCUCUACUCAC